AUGUACAAUACAAAAAUUAUUCUACAAUAUCCCCAACAACGUUCGAAACAGGCACUAUUGGAAACUCUUGUUUUUGCUACAAAACCAAAAGAGUAUGCUAUCCGUAUUUUUGUUAUUAUUCAUUUGUUAGCAGCGUCAUACAAUCGACCAAAACUUACAUUAUGUGAAACAUGGGAUUCAAAUGCAAUAACAUUUGCUAAUAGAACCUUUAUUGGUGAACAGCCAACUGGUAUUUUCAUCAAUACGAACAAUACCAUUUUUAUACUUGAUCGCAACAAUAGUCGUAUCGUAGUAUGGCAGCAUGGAUCGAUGAUGCCGGCCAUAAAUAUAUCGAGCAAAAACCUAGCUAAUUCAUGGACUCUUUUUGUCAACAAAGAAGGCGAUAUUCAUGCUGCUAAUAGUGAAUUUAACAUUCAAAAAACGGCCUGGUUUCAGAUUAAAGCAUACACGGAACGUGCCAUGAAAAUCAGAGGUCCCUGCACGGGACUCUUCAUUGAUAAAAACAAUUGUCUGUACUGUUCCCUGGUGAAUAGCCAUCGUGUUGAUAAGAUCAAUCUCAAUGAUGAGACAAUGCAAUCAAUCGUGGCAGCUGGUACGAGCUGUCCUGGACCUCUAUCAAAUAUGCUCGACCAUCCGCACGGAAUCUUUGUCGAGAUGAACUUUGACUUAUACGUAGCAGACACGUAUAAUAACCGUGUUCAGCGCUUCACAGUCGAUCAAUUCCACGGAAUAACGGUAGCCGGCUUUGGAGCACAAGUGCAUUUUAUUCUCAAUAGGCCAACCAGUAUUGUGCUUGACGCCGAUGGCUAUCUAUUCAUCGUAGAAAGUCAAAGCCGCCGAAUCGUUCGAUCGAUUCCCAACGGAUUUAGAUGUCUGGUUGGGUGUUCGAGUAAAAGCGGAACAUCAUCAAGUCAAUUACAUAACCCACAAGUGAUGGCUUUUGAUAAAAUCGGCAAUAUUUAUGUUACGGAUACGAAUAACCGUAGGAUUCAAAAAUUUAAUGUGCGCGUUUGGUCAAACGGAUCGAAUACAGUAAAGAGCUGUGAUACUUAUGUACCAGGUCGUUUGUCGACGNGAGGUCUUAUGGAUGAUUUGGGUCGAGUUUAUGUUGCAGAUGGUUGA